AUGCCAAGACCGCCCAUCACCUGGGGCGUCUCCAGUCGUCAUCCGCCGUUGGCCACCCACUGCGCGUCCGUGCGCCUUUUCUCCCCGUCGGAGCCCGGCUCUACCGGCAAUUCUUGUUGUGCGAAAUACAGUUGGUUGCAACUGAAGAAAGGCGUUCCCCUUGACGAGGUUUUGCGCAAGCUGCUGACGGGGCCCGUCCUCGUGUGGAAUCGUGGAUGGGGCUGGUUCGAUUGA